AUGCUCUGCCUCUCUAAGCGCUCCGUCUCUUCUCUUCUCCGAUCUCGUUCCCAUCUCCGCGGCGAUGCUGCAGCGGCUGUCUCCUGUUCCUCUCCUUUCUCUGACCCGGACGGUGGGGUCAAGGCGUUGCAUUCCCGAGCAGGAAUUGCUAUUUCAUGGAGAAAUUGUCUUCUCGAACGAGAACAAGUCUCAUUUCAAGCUUUUCGAUGCUUUAGCCAUGGAAAUGGCGACACUUUCCCUGGAUUGGAUCGAGAUUUUAUGGCUCGGUUAUGGGUUUCAGAUAUUAAAAAGCUCAAAGCCUUGGAGAAGCGACGAAAGCGUAAAGCUUCUCUUAAGCAUAGGAAUGAUCUUGAAUCUUGUUUAGCACAGUCUGAUGAAACCCAUUAUGAGUCUACAUCGCAGCAGCAGCAGCAACCACCGGUGAGCCAGUCUAUGUCUGGUCUUCUCAAGCCUACAACUUCUGAUGAGGCCAAAAUUGCAAAUCUGCUGGCUCGGUCUAAUUUGCUUGUUACAAGGGACAUUGAAUGGGCAAAUCUAGUUCUUGGUUUUGAACAGGAGAAUCGCUACGCUGUAGUCGAUGUCUGCUAUCCUCAGGCGCCUGUGGGAUCUAUCCGGGAGCAAAGCAAUGCUCUUGCCCGGCAGCUUCUUCGUACUCGACGCCCGUUUGUUGCUUCAAUAACUGAUGCUUCGGGUAAUGAGCUUUUCCGGGUUCGUAGACCUUUCUGGUGGGUCACAAGUUCAAUAUACGUUGAGAUUGAUGGAAAGGAAAUUGGUGUUGUUCACCGACGAUGGCAUCUAUGGAGAAGAAUCUAUGACUUAUAUCUUGGGAACAAGCAGUUUGCAGUUGUGGAAAAUCCAGGGUUUUGGAAUUGGACAUUUACAGUGAAGGGUGCUGAUGGAGAAGUGUUGGCUCAAAUAGACCGUGAUUGGAGGGGUUUUGGCUUUGAGAUAUUAACAGAUGCUGGACAGUAUGCGAUCCGUUUUGGAAAAUCUGAUGCUGCAUCCAAAAGCGGCCCUGCUACAGUGAUAGAAGAGCUUGAAGUUAAACGGCCACUGACUUUGUCUGAAAGAGCCGUUGCCCUUUCGCUCGCCAUUUCUCUAGAUAACGACUACUUCUCAAGACAUGGCGGCUGGGGAAUCCCGUUCAUGGCCGUUGGCGAAUAG